AACGACCCGCACGCGCUCUGCAUGGAGGCACCCGAGAACGCUACCGCAGGCCCCACAGAACCCCAUAAGGGCCUGGGCAUGUUACCUGUGGCACCUCGGCCUGCGAGACCACCGGGAGAUUCAGCUCCAGGUCCCGGCAGCGGUGGCACCUGUGACAACCCCGAGAAGUUCCAGUACGUGGAGAAGAGUCGCUCGUGCGCUCCGCGCUGCGGGCCGGGCGUCGAGGUGUUCUGGUCUCGGCGCGACAAGGACUUCGCGCUCGUCUGGAUGGCCGUAUGGUCUGCGUUGUGUUUCUUCUCCACAGCUUUCACCGUCUUCACCUUUCUGCUGGAGCCUCACCGAUUCCAGUACCCCGAGCGCCCCAUUAUCUUUCUUUCCAUGUGCUACAACGUCUACUCCUUGGCUUUCCUGAUCCGAGCGGUGGCAGGUGCACAGAGUGUGGCCUGUGACCAGGAGGCGGGGGCCCUGUAUGUGAUCCAGGAGGGCCUGGAAAACACAGGCUGCACCCUGGUCUUUCUGUUGCUCUAUUACUUCGGUAUGGCCAGCUCACUUUGGUGGGUGGUUUUGACUCUCACCUGGUUCCUGGCUGCAGGCAAAAAAUGGGGCCAUGAGGCCAUUGAGGCCCAUGGCAGCUACUUCCACAUGGCAGCUUGGGGCCUGCCAGCUCUCAAGACCAUCGUAGUCCUGACGCUGCGCAAGGUGGCCGGAGAUGAGCUGACUGGGCUCUGCUAUGUAGCCAGCAUGGACCCCGCAGCCCUCACUGGCUUUGUGUUGGUACCCCUCUCUUGCUACCUGGUACUCGGCACCAGUUUCCUCUUGACCGGUUUUGUGGCUCUCUUCCAUAUCCGCAAAAUCAUGAAAACAGGUGGCACCAACACAGAGAAGCUGGAGAAGUUGAUGGUCAAGAUCGGAGUCUUCUCUAUCCUUUACACCGUGCCGGCCACCUGCGUCAUUGUCUGCUAUGUUUACGAGCGCCUCAACAUGGACUUCUGGCGCCUUCGGGCCACUGAGCAAGCAUGCACUGCGGCCACUGUGCCUGGAGGCCGAAGAGACUGCUCGCUGCCAGGGGGCUCGGUGCCCACUGUGGCUGUCUUCAUGCUCAAAAUCUUCAUGUCCUUAGUGGUGGGCAUCACCAGUGGAGUCUGGGUUUGGAGUUCCAAGACUUUCCAGACAUGGCAGAGCCUGUGCUACCGAAAAAUGGCAGCUGGCCGAGCCCGGGCCAAGGCCUGCCGGGCCCCAGGGGGCUAUGGCCGUGGUACCCACUGCCACUACAAGGGCCCCACGGUGGUCUUGCACAUGAGUAAGACAGAUCCCUCUCUGGAGAACCCCACACACCUCUAG